CCAACAACAACAAUGACAGAAACAAAAACACCAUCAACAUCAAACUCCCGUCUGCAAAACGACUUCGGGGCUGACCUUUGGGUUCGCAAGUCCACAAAUCCUACUCGGCACCCAACAGCAGGUAGAGGCCUCUUCGCCGGACUCCAAGACACGAAGAGCUACAACGUCGACAGCGGCUGGGCGAAGCGUAGCCAUGACGAAACAACAGGCCUUUUCGGAUGGCUGUACAACCGUAUAUUCGGCGGAGCCUACCGCCCCCCGGAGUAAUUGAUACAUUGAGAGAAGAUAGAAAUGGAGGAGUAUGGAGUAUCCGAAGUUAUAUAAUGC